AUGAAGUACAGAAAAUGAAUCCCUGUUCCUUCAGAAAACAAGGAACAAGAACAAGAAAAAUGAGAUGCGUCGGAGAAUCUAUCAGAGAACUACUCAACGAGUGAUGUGAUUGAGAACACACAAAGCUGUGUUAAUUCAGUACUCACUCAAGAGAGCAAGCCAAAGCGUUUAAUUGCCAAAGAUGAUUCACAGGAAACUUACUGGAUGAAUAGAAAGAGAGUUAUACUCGAGCAAAGCACUGAAGUUAAGAUAAGCUUUGAUCCAGACACUCCUUUAGAUGAACUUGAAGAUGGCUCAGAUUCUGAAGAAGAAAUGAAAAAUAAGCUUGAUAGUAAGGGUGCAGGAGACAUUUUAAUGAAGAAAGAAAAUUCUAUUGAGCAAGCAUCGUCAAGCAAUAAAGAUUCUAAUAACGAAAAUGACAAGAAAAAUAGUUCGAUUGAAGAGACUAAGAAGGAUACAGAGAUGGAAUUUUGAGAAGACUCUAAAAUGAAAGAAAUAACUGACACUAAGUUAAGCCCUCCAUCUAAUUUAACAUGUAAACUUCCAAAAGGAUCCCAUUCAAAAACUCAUGAGUCUUCUUCUCUUGAGAUGGCAAAUGAUUCGCAUCAACAUAACUCAGAAGAGAUUUGUUCAGGAAGAGAGUCACACAAGGGUUGAGAAAAACAAUUCAAUCCAGUAGUUAACACUCGUGAAGAAUCUAAACUUCAACCUCAUCAUCAUGAACUUAGAGUUUCUGCAAAAGAACCAAGAAAUAGAGAUAGAAAUAAGCUAGAAAUAAAUGCAAGCAAAACCAAUGGAAUAUAAAUUAUAAUAACAGAAUAUCAAGGAAUCAAAAAAGAGUAAUCCCUGAAAAAGAAGAUGACUCUGAAGGAAAAGAUUACUCUAAAGAAGACGACUCUGAAGAAAAAGACUACUCCAAAGAUAUUAAAAAAGACGAAAACGCAUCAGACGCUUCAUCUCCACCAAAAGAACCUCCAAACCCAUCAAAAUCCUCCAAAAACACCCCAAUACCCCUCUCCUCCCCCACUCCCUCUCCUCCCCACCACAAACCCCUCCCUUCCUCCCCUCCCCUCCUCCCCCCUUCCAAACCCCACCGCCUUCCCAAAAGAACCUACUUCCGUCCCAAAGUCACCCACCACCCUCCUCGCCCACUCACCUCCACAACCCUCGCUUCCAUCUCCCUCACCCCUCCCACCCCCACUCUCCCAUCCCUCUCCGACCUCUCCGGCACCAUCCACCCCUUACCCACCUACAGCUCCCCCUUCUCUUCCUUCUUCACACCCACAAAAUGCCCUAAAACCUACAAACUCCUCUACACAGCCCCUUCCUACCAGCCUUCCUCCCCCUUCUUCACCAGCCUCUGCUGGCGAACCAGGGGGAGUCCCCCCUGGUUCGACCUAGUGGCUAUAGCAGAGGACGUGGCUGGAGAAGCAGGGCUGGAAGUUAUAGAAGAAGAUGUGGUCAGGAAUUUGGUGUAUUUUUUAGGGAAUGUACUGGAAUUUGAGAAGCCGCAGAUUUUGUUAGGGGGAUUUGAGGGGUUGGAGAGGUGGAGGGGGGAGAAAGUGGGGGUGAAGAAGCAGAGGUUUUAGGGAAGAGGGCAGGAGGGAUAGAGUGGUGAUAGGGAAUUUGAGGAAGGUGAUUGAAGUGUUUUGUAGGAAGGAGGAGUAUGCAGAGGGGAUACAGAGAGUGGUGGAAGAGGGAGAUGGGGUUUUUAGAGAGGGGGUUAGUGAUGAGGAGCAGGAGGAAUAUGUGACUGAUUGAUUGAGGAUGUUUAGAGAAGAGGAUAUGGAGAUUGAGAAUUGAUUUAGGAUCCUUAUGGUGUUUUUUAUGCUCUCAGAGCACUAUUUUUUCCCAUUGAAUUUAUGAAGACGGAUGGAUGAGUGGAAAAAAAUAUCUAAGGCGAAUAAUAUGUAUAUUUUUAAUUCUCCUGACAAUUGUGAUGAUGAGGAAAGGGAAGAAUGUAAGGAAGAUGAUCAAAAGCAAAAUCAAGUUGAGGAUAAGAAGGAACUUCUGGCAAUAGAAUGUGAACAAAAUAAAAAAGACCACGAAAAACCAAAAGAUGAAAAUCCUCAGAAAAAAGAAAUCCAAGAUCCUAUUUUAUCUACUAAUGAGAAAGAAGAGUCAUCCGGAUCAUCGAGUUCCUCUCUUGGUUUACUAAAAUUAACCCCUCGCGCAUCCCCUCCAAACACUCCGGCUCAUCAAGCUACUCCAAUCAACCUCAAACUGACACAAACACAAGAAAUCGACAUCACAAAAUCCCCAUACCAAGGCUUCAACGACCUCAUCCCUUCCCCUCGAGCAGGAGGUGAGCCCCCUUCAGAACUAAUGCAGCCCUCUAUCGAUCCUGAAAUCCCUCUGACAACCAUAAUCACCCCUAACCACACUCCUCUCAGACCCAAAAAGCCACCCAAAAAACCAGCCAAAAAACCCUCCAUAAAAGUGACGAAAGAACCCUCCAAAAAAGUGACUAAAAAGCCUUCCAAAAAAGGCACUAAGCUCAAAGCCGUAGUCGUCAAGAGGGUGAGAAAAGUGAAGAAAAGGAGUAAAUCUCCUCUGCCGUUUAAGAAGAGCAAGAGGGCUAAAAAGUAG